CUUCACGGAUUACAGUGCGCAGUGUGUCACUGGCUGCUCCCUGGUUCACCUGCACGACUUAUCCCUGUGAGUACUUCUCGCUGAAGCCCUCUCGCCAAACAACAAACUGACUACAAACCUAAAACAGGAGCGAUGGGGGAAUGACGACAAAGUCCGUCCGCGUGUCCGGUUCUCCGUCCCCGAGAAGACCCCGAGGAUGCUGCUGCUCCCCAGCCCGCGGAGCGAGCGCUGGCGCCGGGCCUCGCUGCUGCUGCUGCUGCUGCUCGCCGCGGUGCUGCUCUGUGUCGUCCCUGUCGGUGCCAGCCUGCCAGCUCACAGUAAGUGCCCUUCCCGUAUAGACUGUGCCAGAGAGGGACGCCGCUUCUGCACAUUGGGCUCCUCCCGCUGUGGCAGCUGCCUCUUCCCAUUGGAGGAGAACGAGGAAGGACGCUGCGUGGAGAGGAAGAGGCACCAUCGGCAUGGCAAAAUGAGAGUCUACCCUGACCUGGAUGAAGAGAUUGAUUACCUUCAUUCUGUCAUCGAAAAACAGGAAAUAACAGAGAUCAAACCACCAAGAAAGCAAUCCAAACAUCCUGCUGUAGACACCUCCCCGACAGAUGCUAACAAAAGCAAGACAGAUGCCUCCGAACACAAACAACAAAGCCAGAAUCGUCUCUUAUCUGAAACUCAGAAUGCCACCACUGCAGCUCCUGCAGUUUCUGCCCCUCCUGCCACAGCAACUCCCGGGCCAGGGGCCACUGGAGCGGAGGGCCGAGUUGGUCCUAUCGCUGUGCCAGCAUCCAAAAAUGACAAAGUUGUUGUCAUUAUGAUCUCACUGUGUGUGGCGGUCGGCACUGUGGCAGUGAUCCUGGCAACCGUCUGUUACGUCAAGAUGCAGAAAGACUCGCGUCUGGCUCAGAAGGUAGACUACCCCGCUUUCGGAGGGACAGGCGUGCCCGCUGCCACAGCCAACGGUACCUCAAUGGGAGAUAAGACUCUGGCUCAAAGUGCUCAAAUGUAUCACUACCAACAUCAAAAACAGCAGAUGCUCUCAAUGGGAAAAAACAAACCUGAACAGAAAGUCACUGACACAGAGGUCACAUCAGAUGAGGAGGAAGUGGGUGGAGACUUUACAGUAUAUGAGUGCCCUGGACUUGCACCGACGGGGGAGAUGGAAGUGAAGAACCCUCUCUUUGAUGACUCAACUUUACAUUAUCAGGGGAAUCACAAGUGAAUGCUGACACACACACACACACACACACACACACACACACACACACACACACACACACGGCCAUUUAUUUGGAAGAAACCACUUGAUCUCACACUGCAUGCAUAGAAAUUGAGGAUCCUGGCAGAGGCUGAGGUGAUAAAAAUGAUUGUUUUCUUCUUAGCCCUUUACUGUAUCAGCUUUUAAUACGACAAAUGUACAUCGGUUUCUUGUUAAUUUAUUUCUGUCACUGAUUUGAAGCGUUUCUGUCUUUUAACAUGACGAUUUGAGAGUCAUCCCUAUAUGUGUUUUUCCUGUCUAUAUGUCAGACUCUUAAUUAAGAUUUCCCUCUCCUCUUUUGUUACUCUCCUUGAUUUCUGCAGCUAUUUCCAAAGAAUGUGAUCCAAUAGCAGACAUGUAAACAACCCACACACAUACAUAAGUUGAGAAAUAGGUGCCCUCUCCUUGUUUUGUCAUGCAUAGUUUAGAGGCUAAACCACAUUCCUGACAGAAACCCAGGAAAUGUUUAAAAUCAGACCUCUGUGAUACCUCUGUGAAAAGACUCCCUGACACAACACAAGGUUUAGCAUUGGAAAUGUUACCGUUCGUGUUGCUAAUUUUAUCCCUUGUCAUAUAAACUGCACAUAAAGAUUUUAAUAUUAUAGAAUAUAAGUAUAUAUAAAUAUAUAUAUAUAUGAAAAUGAAGUACUUGAUGAUGUCUGUUUGCAUGGUUUGACUGUACUGUUUUUGAAUCAUGGCAAUGCUUUGAUGAAUUAUUCUGCCUCCUGUGUGUAUGCAUCCCGUCGCUGGGGGAGGGAAUUUACAGUAAAAGUGACCCUUGAGCACUUGAAUGACGCUUUGGUGAAGGACUAUACUGAUGGAUGUGUAGGUGGUAAAUAUCACUAUCUUGUAUUGUCCCUCUUUCCUCUCUGUCCUCCUGUCGGUCCCAAGUUAACUUCGUGCUGCAAAAUGUACAUACAAAGAGUGAAUGUGUUCACUUUUUAUAGAUAUUUGUACAUGCAGACCAAGGAUUGGAAUUAAAAGUUUUUACCACAUGUGAAAAUGAA